AUGACUUGUGUGCUACAUGGGUACGUGCUAAUUCUCAUUCCAAACAAAUAUUCCAAAAUUUGUUCACUCCACUUUGAUCAAACAGAUUUCGUAACAUGUUUUAGUGGUUGGUAUGAAGGAGAAUUGAACAGAACUGUAGGGGAUUGCAAGUACUGUUAUGGAGAGGCAGAGAAGAAAGUUAAAAGAAGAUGUAGUACGAUCAAAAUUUCAGAAUGCACCUUCAUGUUGGCCAACUCCAACGCAACAACCCCGAUCGACAACAACAAAAUCUUCAUCAGCUACUCAUCAUUUUUGUUUUAUUUUAAUUCAUUUUUGUUUAUUUUUUUCUUUUCCUACCUAAUUUUGUUCCAUAUUGACGGAUGUUACGAAGUGAGUUGGAUUCACUGGAGGCAAUGUAAAAAUCAACAGCUCUUUCGAAAUUUCAAAAAAAUUAUUAAAUCUUGA